AUGUGCGAAUUUAUCAUAGAAAGGAUAAAAUUUCCAAUUUUUCAAAAAGAUUAUUAUACUCCAUUUGAGUAUUUACUCAUAACUAAUGAUGAUAUUCAAAGAGACUUUAUAGAUGAAAUAAAGCCCCCUAGAAUCGAAAAAGUAGAAUGGCGCAAAGAUCAAUGCAAAAAGGUAAAUUUUUAUAGUUCAACAUUUUGCCAUCUGCUAAAUAAUUAUAAUUCGUAUUUUAUAAAUCUUGGAGAAACUAAUAGAGACCUUAAAUUGGCUCAUUUAAGUUACAAUAAAUAUAAGCUUGAUAGCCCAUUAUUUGAAUUUCACUCAAGAAUAAUGCUAAUAAGUCCUUAUGAAGUAUUAAUGACUGGAGGAUUUGAGAGUCCUAAAAGAUGUAGAAUUAUUAACCUCAAUACACAAACAAUUUCUGAACAGGCCGAUUUAACCUUUGGAAGAUUCUGACAUUGCUGUGCCUUUAUUAUGGGUUAUCCUGGUGUAAUCGGUGGGAAAAUUGGAGACAAUAGAAUAAAAAAAGUCGAAAUUUUUAAGCAUAAUAAAUGAAAGAAAAUUUCCUCGUUAAAUCAAAAUAGAAUAACCCCUGUAGCCUCUUCAUUAUUUGACAAAGUUUACGUUUUUGGAGGUGGUAACAACAAGUCCAUUGAAAUUUUCAAUGAAGACGAUAAAAAGUGGCAUGAAUUAAAAUGUGAUAUUUUUGAAACUCCAACAGUAGGUUUAGGUAUGAUAAGUCUAUCAGACGAUUUGCUAUUAGUUUUUGGUGGAAUGGAAAAUAUUGUACACUAUUUUGAUGAUACCUAUAAAAUUAAUUUAACAACUCGAGAAGCUACAUCAAUAGAAAAAUUGAAAAAAGAAGGCAGAUUUCCAUACAACUCUCAUAUAGUCAGAGGUAAGUUUUUAGAAUCUUUUAUGUUUGAUGCUGAUGAAGAAGUGGCAGUUAAAUACGAAGCAAAACAAGAAAUUUGCUUAUUUAAUUAA